GAGUCCAUGUUCAAUAUUCAAUUCUUGCCAGGUUUCAGUCCGCGGCCCAGGACCCACUAUUUUUUUUCAAUUUCUCACAUCCCGGGCUUAUCUAAUUGAUACCACAGCACAUCCAAUCUUCCGUCGUUAUAUCAGAUAGCGAUACUCUUACGAAAAUAUAGUUCGCAAGGUCGAUACUCAUUCUCGACUCUCCAACCAGAAGUUCAGAACGAGACGCAGGCGGAGGGCGCAAAAUGUUGACGCACCUUGCAUACAGAUAUCGAUGUGCUGCCGCUACUAGGCAUAAGUAAGAAAGACAUCGAGAAAAGUCUAUCCAUGAGAAUGCGUUCCCAUCCCAUUUUUAUAUUUCCAUUCCACCCGACAUUUACAGCCUCAUCUUUCUGACUUUGCAGUAUAGUAUUCGGGAUUCGCCUAGCGCCCUCCUCCUUAACCACUACAUAUAAUUCUCCAACCUACUUCUGUUCUCCCACCAGAAUCAGACAUCGGAAAAGAUACGAAUGGCAACAAGUUCAAGACAGUCAGACCUCCGCCCUGUCACGCACACUCGUAUCGGUAUAUGGGACCUCUAUGAGCAAUGUGGAAAAGAGUUACCACGCAGACCGGAUUCAUCAAUGCUGGGGACAUUUGUUCGGAUACGCGAUAAUAUGCCCUACGUGGUGCGCAUGUUCAAGGAAAUACUCAACAUCAGACGAGUUCGGAUGCUUCUUCCUGCAUUCUUGGUAGUGCAAGUCUUAGACUCCCUUAUACCUGCCGUUUCCCUGUGGUAUGAUGGACAAUUGCUCCGACUUGUGGAGACUGCGAUGGAGACACGUACUGUUGAUACAGCAGUGGUCAUUCAUGUGGCAGUAGGACGUGUUACAUGUGCAGUCGCGUCGCACCUUCUCCGACACAUCCAAAGCCGCAUCAGGAUCCCCGUAAACAUGUCUAUCAAACAAUUUUACGCUAGACACAUAUUCCAUUCGAUGGCCCGUCUCGACCUACCCACCUUUACUGACUCAGCUGUCCAGAAGCAGCUUGAUUUUGCGGCGCAACAUAGGGUUCUAGGCACAAGCCUUGCAUGGGAAGCUAUUCAGGGAUUGACGAACCUCGUGGCGACGGCCACUAGUAUGUUCUCUCAGCUUUUUGUUCUAUUUACAGUCGUGCGGAAGCAGCAGGAUGGUCCACUUCUUGUGAUUCUUGGCUUCUCGCAAUCUAUGUUGCGCUGGUAUGGGACUCGACCAUCGGUGCCCGGCUUCUUUGGUAUGGGGGUUUGGGCCGCGACCACGACCAAUAAAGACUAUAUUCGCAUGCAAGGUCUGAGGGUCCUUAGCGAUGCCCCUUCGCACCGCAAGGAGCUUGUCGCAGGCAACCUCGGCGAAUAUAUUACUUCACAAUUUUGCGAAUCCGCUCAGCGCCUCGGCGAAGAUGCGGGUGAGUUUGGAGAAAUGUAUGAAGCUCAUUCUAUCAGGAAACGUCUGAGCAUCGCGUCCAUCCUCCGUGCAACGAUGCACGAGCUGCCUCAGAUCGCCUUCAUGCUCAGCGCCGUGCGAAAGCCAAUGACGGUCCCCCUCUCUUUUGCGUCACUUGUGCUAAUUGAACAUGCAUCUAAUUCAUUUAUUUCGGCACACCUCUCGCCGUACAGAGUGCUCAGUCUUGCUCCAAUAUUUGCUGACCUUCGCAAUCUAUAUGAGUUCAAGAACGUGCAGAACAAAGUGGUUGAUGGCACGGAACCGUUCCCCGAGAAUCAGCAGUCCCUCAUUGAUAGUGGCAUUUCUAUCGAAUUCAGGAAUGUAUCGUUUCAGUACCCUGAUAAAGAGAGGUGUGCUCUCCGGAAUGUUUCGUUCAGGAUCGAGGCUAGUCAGCUUUGUGUAAUUGUCGGAGGGAACGGCUCUGGGAAAAGUACGAUUUUGAAACUCAUCUCCCGCAUUUACGACGCGACAGAGGGCACGAUUCUGAUCGAUAACCGCGACAUCAAAACCCUUAGACUUGCCGACCUCCGUGCUGCCAUGUCCAUCCUCUUCCAGGACUACACGCACUUUCCCCUCUCGAUACGCGAGAACAUUGGACUUGGCAACCCCGGCUUUGCGCAAGAUGAUGACAAGAUCCGCGAAGCCGCCAAGAUGGGCGGCGCUCGAGACUUUAUUGAGGAGCUCCCAGACGGAUUCAACACCUACAUUGAUAACCCCGUAAAAGACCGCUACGCGGGCCUUCCCGAAGGCCUCGCGAUUCCCGACGAUUGGCCCAUUGACUACUCUAGCGUGCGUAAUAUGGGGGGUCUCCGUACUUCCACUGUUUCGGGCCUCAGCGGUGGGCAAAAUCAGCGGCUUGCAGUUUCACGCACAUUCAUGCGCUCCUUGGUCACCGAUAAAAACUCUUCCGCUGGCAUGCUGUUAUUCGACGAGCCGAGCGCUUCCUUAGACCCUACAGCCGAAGAUGAUCUCUUCGAGAAUCUGCGAAAGUCGAGAGGCAACAAGACCAUGAUAUUCUCCACUCACCGGUUCGGGAAUCUCACCCGACACGCGGAUCUUAUUUUGUGAUUUUGAGGCUCUUCGAACACCAAUGCUUGUGCUGAUCAGUGGCAUAGGUACCUUGACCGGUCGAUUCAGGAACAGGGUACACACGACGAACUAAUUAAGAAAGGAGGAUAUUAUGCUACUAAUUGGAAUCUACAAGCGAAACCUUACAUUUAACGAUUCAGGACCAGAAAUGCAAACCUUUCGUGAGUUUGAGUCUUUCUCUCAGCGUUGAUACUCGCAUUGACCCGGGAUGAUGUGUCCAGCAAGAACGCGCGCACGGCGAAUUAUUGAGAGGGGGAUCUACAAGCGAAGGGCUUUUAUUUAACGACCCGAGACUACACAUUGUACAAUAAGCCGGACUAUUAUGUACCAUUCCUCAC